CAGAAAACAAACCUAAUAAUAAGACAUCACCCAGACGAAUCAGAAAAUCUCCGACUAAUUUGCACCAAUUUGAGGGAACAACUAAACGGAAGAGCAAAUAUCGUUUUCGCUCCCGUAGUUCCAAGCGCAUGGGAUCGAUAGAAAAUUAGCAAAGUCAGUGCGCGUACGUACGCCAAGGUGUAAGCUCGGAUAGGAUUGGAUAUGCCGGAAUCGCAGUCGACGAGCAGCUAUCCGGGGAAGUCCUCCCCAGAACUGGACGUUGUGGAGCAGGUGAAUGGGAGUUUUGGACGCUGGCAGCUGCGCACCAUCCUGCUGAUAUUCCUCUGCAAGAUUCCCAGCGCCUGGUUCACAGCCAUCAUCAUCUACACGGCUCCGUAUCCCUGGAAGGGGGAACUGGUCUGCCAUCCGGCUGAGUGGAACGUGAGCAGGUCGCGGGCGGAGCAUGUCAGGCAGAUGCACCCGCUGUGGCAGGAUGCCCGCAGCACGGAUCGCCUAUUCAAUGUGGAUGUGUGCAAUGCCUACUCGGACUCCCUGGCCCGAGGAUUCGUUCGCAGUCAUGGUCAGGAGUGGAACGCUUCGUCCUCAAAGGGUGCCCAGUCCUCGCUACCCUGCGAGUACGUGGAGCACAGGACGGACUACAGAUCCUUGAUCGUCCAGUUCGACCUGAUCUGCUCUCGUCGCGUUCUGGUGGCGGUGACGCAAUCUUUUCAUGCUCUCGGCGCCCUGAUCGGCGGUCUAAUGGCCUACUCCGCGCUCAAAAUCAUUAGUCCACGUCGUUUGAUGUUGCUCGGCAUGAUUGGGCAGAUAUUUUGCGGAAAUCUCACUGGGUUGGUGGACACCUACCAGUUGCACAUCUACUUUCGCUGCCUUACCUCCAUAUUUUGUGCACUUAUGUAUACUUCAGGACAGUUUAUAUUAAACGACAUCACCUCGGGACAGGCUCGCAUCAUAGUGGUCACUCUGUCGGAGCUGUUCUGGUCCAUAGGUCUCGUCCUGCUCCCGGCCAUUUCCAUUUACUUCGACGACUGGAGCUACCUGUACGUGGCCAUCUCCUCCUCCCUGAUUGUGCUGGUCUGGCUGCAUCGUUGGAUAGCGGAUGCUCCUCGCUGGCUGCUGCAGCACCAGCGGGUGGAGGCUGCUCUCCGCCAGCUCCUGGAAUCGGCCACCUACAACAACCGGAAGGUUCCACUCACCCUCGAUGUUCAGCUGACGGUGUACGCCAAUGACCUGGAGCAAAUGGCCAGAAAGAAGCCUGGUUACUGCCAAAUCUGGGAUGGCGAGACUAAGCGCAGCCAACUAUUGUACAUUCACUGUAUUUGGGGUGGAGCUAUGGUGCUAUACAACAUCAUUCUGCUGAUGAUCCGGAAUUUGGGAGCCCAGCAAGUGCAUGUGAACACUGCUGCCAUGGGUUUUGCUGAGAUCGUGGGCGUUUUUGUGGGUCUCUACCUGAUCCUAUACACACGUCGUCAUUGGCGAUGGGCAGGAAACCUGAUGAUUAUAGCGGGUCUGACUACCUACCUGAUCUGGCUUUUGCCCGAAACUGAACGCAACUCCAGGCGCGUGGGACUGGAACUGGUCUUCUGGCUUAUCCUAAAGGUGGCCAACUCUGCCUCCAUAGCUGUCUUGACCACCUGCACCAGUGAAAUUGUGUCCCAGGAGAAGCGUGUGUUCCUGCUGCUGUCCGUGGUCUCAUUCAGUCGAUUGUGCCUGGUCUUCUGCCCGCUGCUGAGCUGCCUCACCGUCAUCCAUCCCCUGGUGCCAAUCACCAUCCUGGCCACCGUUGGCUGGAUUUAUGGACUGGCCCUGCGCCGCCUCAAUCGGUACUAUUGGAACGCGGAGCAACCGCAGAUAAGUCAAGUGCCCACUCCGAAUACAUAUCGUCGCCAGUCAGCCAUCAUCAUGCGCCGCUGCAGCUCCGCCAGCUCCGACUGCAGUGCCUAUAGCAACGAACUAUUGAGCAACUUUGAAAGGAAUAUGGCAGUCAGUAUAGCCGAUAUCUGGCACAUCAAUUUCCACCCCUCCAGCGAGAUCGAACUGGAGCUGGAACAGCAAAGACCGGAAGCUGGCAGAUCGCACAGCUCGGAGACCAUUUAAGAAGCUUUUCUGAAGCCCAAAAGUAGGCUUCUGUGGUUAACAAAACAUAGUCAUUCAAUUAGGUUUUUCUUUCGUUGUUAUAAAUGUGUUAUUAUUUAAUUAAGAAGUCUCUUUACUUUAAAAUUCCAAUUUAAAAAUGUUAUAAUGUAAACAAAACUACUAUUAAAAGUUAUAGGACGGCAAGACUCUAA